AUGGCCAACCUCAAGCAGGGCGAACAACACCAAUCACUCUCAGCCUCAACUCACUCAGCAGCAUCCUCCUCAUCCUCCUCCUUCCUCGCACCCAGCUCAGGCCACUCCCCAUUCGCACGCGCAGCCGACUUCAAUCACGACUCAUACUUGCCAAGCUCGAUCGCCAACUCCCGCUUCGCGCCCUCGAACUCGGCCUACAACUUCGCCUCCCUACUUAACCCGACCGUCUCUUCAUCUUCCUCUCCCAACCCUACCUCCUCCGUGUCGUCUAAUGGCCAACUUCCCGCUCCUAUCCCUAAUCAACUCAGCUCCUCUUCUUCCCCCAAUUUCAACCAUCAAAACCAAAACCAUCAUCAUCAUCAUCAUCAAAAUCAAAAUCACAACCUCCCGCCUAACGUCCCCCAUCAUCAUCCCAAUCGCCCUCCUGCUGCUUCCGCUCCCAGAACUGGUCAGACUUUAGACGAAAUGUAUGCGGUGCCUGAGAACUAUUUAGAGAUCGAAGUCAGGAAUCCAAUCACUUAUGAUAAUAUUAGGAAGCCAUAUACGGAUUAUGAGAUCACAUGUCGCACGAACAUCCCGGCCUUCAAGGUGAAAUACUCGUCGGUCAGACGUCGAUAUUCGGACUUUGAAGCCUUCCGAGACAUCUUGGAACGCGAGACUACUCGGGUCAAUAUUCCUUCCUUGCCUGGGAAAGUGUUCACCAAUCGUUUCAGCGACGAAGUCAUCGAAACAAGACGCGAAGGUCUCGAAAGGUUCUUGCAAAUCGUCGCUGGUCAUCCCCUAUUACAGACGGGCUCCAAAGUACUGUGUGCAUUUCUACAAGAUCCGCAAUGGAACCCCCACAACUGGUGA